AUGUCUCAUCGUCUAGCCGAUUAUUUCGUCAUCGUAGGAUUUGAUCAUGAAAGAAAUGAUCUACAACAAGGCAAGAUACUUCAACGAUUCCCAGAGAAGGAUUGGCCGGAUACGCCUUUCAUCGAGGGAAUGGAACUCUUUUGCCAACCGCAAGGCUGGUCGCUUUCACUUCAACAAGAAGAGCCAAAGUACUUCAUGUCAGUUCUCACGAAUGUCGAUGGAAAUCACUAUUAUUGUGCCGUAUUGUCCUUUAAUGAGAAAUUAUCAAUCACUCCAAGCAAACCUGUUGAUGAAGAAGAAGAAAACUUAACAUUAGGCAACAAGCCAAUCUUAACAACACCAGCAGCAAUCACACAUCAUAACAUUAUGUACGCUCCAAAGUGUUUAGUUCUUGUUUCACGCUUAGAUUACUCGGAGACAUUUAAAAAUUGCCUUGGUACCAUCUACACUGUUUACCUUGAAAGUCUUCCGUAUUCUCUUGAAACUUUGAUUGGAAAUAUUCUUGGAUGCAUUCAAAUUCCUCCAGCUGGUGGACCUCAAGUUCGUUUCUCUAUCGGUGCUGGUGAUAAACAAGCUCUUCAGCCUCCACUAUCAGCUACUUUACCAGUUACCGGCAGCUGUGUGAGUUUGUUAUUUAAACAGUUGGGAAAGAAGAACGUUUUGUUACUUUAUUGUGCGGCAAUGACAGAGCAUAAGAUUCUCUUCCACUCGACAAGUUAUUCACGAUUAACUGAAAGUUGCCGUGCAUUAACAGCUUUAAUGUAUCCUCUUCGUUACACCCACACAUAUGUGCCAAUCCUUCCGGCGACAAUUCUUGAAAUCCUUUCAACUCCAACACCUUUCAUCAUGGGCAUUCAUAGCAGCAUGCAAAAUGAAACCAAUGAUGUUCUUGAUGUCAUCGUAGCUGAUUUAGACGGCGGCUCUAUUUACAUUCCUGAAUCUCUUAUCGCACCAGUAUCUCGACUUCCGCCAGCACUUUGGGAAGCAACAAAUCAUUCACUAACCAUGGUGUUACAACCAGAAUUAUCAGAAGCUGACAAUGCAUUUCCUAAUCAUGGACGUGAUAGCUAUGAAAGUCGCAAUCAAUUGCUCGUCGACAAAGAAAUUCGAGCGAUUUUUAUGAGAGUUUUUGCGCAAUUAAUGCAAGGUUAUCGUUCAUGUUUAACAUUGAUAAGAAUAAAUCCCAAGCCUGUUAUUGAGUUCCACAAAGCCGCUUUUCUUGGAUCUCGCGAUCUUGCCGACACAGAUUUCUUAGCUCGUGUUUUAGACAGCAUGUUCUUCACAAUGUUUGUGACGGAACGUGGACCACCAUGGAGAUCGUGGGAUGCGUGGGAUGAACUUUAUACAGCAAUGCCUGAAUUACUCAAAACAGAAGUUCAUGAUCGUCGUCUUGUUCUAGUCCACAUUAAAGAAUUGGCACAGAAACUUUACAUCAAUGAAAUGCCAAAUCCACAAGUUUAUCAACAAAAAGUUUUGAUGCCACCUGAAGGAUCAUUUUCUCGAAUUCAUCAACCCGAAUUUCCACUCAUUCAUUCACAUCAAGUUCAAGCAAUCAUCAGUGAAGGAAUCAAUAAAAAUGAUCUUCAAUCACGACUUCAAUCAUACAAAAGCAAUCUCAAAAUCAUUCCAAUUGGACCACAUUUGCCGAGUUUCAAUGAUGGACGACCGACCGUUACACAUACAGCAAGAAAGAUGGAAGUUCUUAAGAAUUGUGUCAGUUGCAUCUUUGAGAAUAAAAUUGCUGAUGCAAGGAAAGUUUUUCCAGCUGUUUUAAGGAUUCUCAAACAACGAGACGAUGCGAGAUUAUUUCUUUGUCGUGAAUUGGCGAAAAUCGUUCAAGGAUCAAACAAGGCGACACUUGAACAUCCGCAAUUCGACCUCGUCAUCAAACUUAUGAAUCGAGCACUUCAAGAUGACUCCCCGAAAUAUCUUCACGACAUUGCAGCAUCGCUUCUGCCACUUUCAGUUUCAUUUUGUCGUAAAUUAUGUCCCGGUGUCAUUCAAUUUGCUUAUAGCUGCAUUCAAGGCCAUGUCAUAUGGAAAACUCAAACAUUUUGGGAACAAGCUUUCUAUCAAGAGAUUCAAGCGAAUAUUAAGAACCUUUAUGUCAAUCGUCCAAUUGAUCGUAACAGUUACUUGAUCAAUGAUUCCUUACACAACAAUCUCAAUUCACCUUACGAUUUUCGUGCAGCACAAGAACAAUCAGCGUUGGAAAUUGCUGCUGAACAAAUGAUGCGAUGGCCCUCAAUGGACAACGAAAAGCAAAAAGAUAUGUCGAAUUCCGAAGAGCAAAUUCUUUACAGUCAAGCAGCUCAUUAUGCUAAUCGAAUGAUUUCACUUUUGAUUCCGCUUGAUGUGCGUUCAACAACGAAAGUUAAGAAAGUUAUUCGACAUGUUGAAGAUGAUGCAAGCAUAUCAAACAGCGUUCUUGAGUCGAGAAGUGAUCAAUCAACUGAUGGAUUUGAAGAUCGCGAUGCAAGUGAAGUUGAGCAAGCUGUUGUGAGACAAGUUGAGAAGUUUAUUGAUAAAGUUUGUAAUGAAGGUGGAGUGACGCCAGAUCAUAUAAGGAAACUUCACGAAAUCAUUCCAGGACUUGUUGAUAUGCAUUGUGAAACACUCGAUAUUGUUUAUCGUGAAUCGAAGAGAAUUCCGCCAGUUCAAAAGCCAAAAAUUCAUAUUCCAAUGCUCUUAAGUGGCGAAGAAAUCAUCGGCGAAGCAAUCAGAACAGUUUUGUUGUCAGAUGGACGUGAAGAGACUUUAAGUCCAUUGUUACCAGCUGAAGGUGCUUUGUUUUUAACAAAUUAUCGCGUCAUUUUCAAAGGCUUACCUUGCGAUUCAUUAACAUGUGAACACAACGUCAUACGAACCUUCCCCGUCUCUUCAUUGACCAAAGAAAAACGAAUAAGUGGAAUUUUAUCAAACGAACAAGUUCUGCCUGAUGGUCUUCAACUAAGAUCAUCAACAUUUCAAUUAAUUAAAGUUGCAUUUGAUGAAGAAGUGACACAAGAAACGAUCGAAGCAUUUCGUAAAGCUUUAAAUCGCAUUCGACAUCCUGACGAUGAAUUUGGACAUUUUGCAUUUGCAAAUCACAUCAUGGCAAUAAAACCACAAAAUCAAAAAGCGAAAGAGAAGAAUGCGACACUGAAAGGUUUAUGUCGCACAUAUCCAGCUAUUUUGGUGUGUCCACGUGGAAUCAGUGAUGAUCAAUUAAAGACAUUGGCGAAGACUUAUAAGAAUCAAAGAAUUCCAGUUCCAACUUGGCGUCAUCAAAAUGGUGCAAUUUUAUUACGUGGCGCUGUGUCGUUAGCGAAAGGAGUGAUGGGAAUGUUGAAGUCGGGAUCGACAAACACAUCGAUGGAAAGUCGUGGCGUUGACGGUCUUCAAGAUCAAGAUCGCUUCUUCUGUGCUAUCAUUCCUCAUCAUCAUCAACAAAUGCAAUCACAAUUCAGUCAUGUUAAUGUCAUAAAUUCAUCUGAAUCAAGUAUGUCAAUUGAUUCACUGCUUGGACCACCAAAAUCUCAUUUGACAUCAUCGUCGUUAACGCCAAUGAGUAAUCGAAAAGGCGAAAUGAGUAGCAAUAUGAGAAUGAUGGGAAAUAAUCAAAAGCCUAACAAAUGGGAAUCUUUGAAACGAAAUGUUGGCGGUGUUGGUGGGUUAAGAGACAUUCAUCAUCAAUAUGAUGAUCACUACACAUUGCAACAACCAAGAGCUCGUGUUCCACUUUAUUUCCUGGGCGAAAGAUCGCAGUCAAAGUCAGUUAAACUUUCAGAACUUGGAGCUGAAUAUAUUCCAGUGUAUUACAAUGAUAAUCGUCAUUCGCGUGAAGCUUUUAAGAAACUUAUGCGUGCAUGUCUUCCAUCGAAUAUAAACAAUGAACCUGACCAUACAUUUGUUAAACUUAUUGAACAAUCUGAAUGGCUUCAACAGAUCAGAAGUUUGCUUCAACUUUCUGGUACGGUUGUUGAUUUAAUUGAUCUUCAUGAGGCGAGUGUUAAUCUUGCAUUUGAAGAUGGAUGGGACAUAACAUGUCAAGUGUCGUCACUUGCACAAAUUUGCCUCGAUCCUUAUUAUCGAACGAUUGAAGGUUUUCGUGUGUUGAUUGAGAAGGAAUGGCUGGCAUUUGGUCAUCGUUUUGGCCAUCGAAGUAAUUUAAAGCCAAAUAGCAGUUCAUUUGCACCGAUUUUCCUUCAAUUUCUCGACGCUGUUCAUCAAAUUCUUCAACAAUUUCCACUCUCAUUCGAAUUCAACGAAUUCUACCUCAAAUUUCUUGCUUAUCAUUCGGUGUCAUGUCGAUUUCGAACGUUUCUAUUUGAUUGUGAAUUGGAGCGUGUCGAAUUAGGAAUAACGGCGGUUGAAGAUAAACGAGGAUCGUUAAACUCACAUAAACACAUGGUUGAGACAGGGACGGGCUCUGAUGAUGACAGCAUUUAUCCUGGUGGUCUUCGUAACAGCACUGUGCAUCAACCGAAGCUUGGCGUGUCAAUCUUCGAUUAUAUUGAGCGACAUCAUGUUCGAACGCCAGUUUUUUACAACUUUAAGUACACAACAGAUCCAAAUCAACAAGUUUUAAGACCACAAAGUUCGAUUUCAAUGCUUGAAAAAUGGAAGCAAGUUUGGGAUAAACUUGAAUUACCGCAUUCUGAUUCAUUGACAAGACAUUCGUCAGUUAGCAGUGCUUUGGUUCGUUCGCAUGGUCGUUACAUGCAUAACAUAACAACAAUGGACAUCAUUCGAAGAGGACAAUUAGCUGGUUAUCAGGAAUGUUUCUCGCAUCCACAUCGGUUUGAAAAGCACGCUUAUACGACGCCAACGAAUUGCAAUUUAUGUGGAAAUAUGUUGUGGGGGCCAGUCAAGAAUGGAGUUCGUUGUAUGGAUUGUGGCAAUUCUUAUCAUGAGAAAUGUGCUGAUAAUGCGCCAAAGAACUGCACAAAAUAUAAGACAGUUGAAGGUCCACAAACGUUAAUGCCGGGAAAGAAUUUAAGUGACAAACAGGAGACUUGCAGCAUUGCAAGCAACAAUACGAAUGAUAUUUAUCGUGGUUUUGAGAGUAACAUGCCGGAGAACAGAACACAUGAAGGACAUUUGUAUAAACGUGGAGCAUUGCUGAAGGGUUGGAAACAAAGAUGGUUUGUUUUGGAUUCGAUUAAACAUCAGCUACGUUACUAUGACUCUGUUGAAGAUUCAAACUGUAAAGGAGCUAUCGAUUUAGCAGAAGUUCAAUCAGUUGGUCAAGCGCCACCCACACAAAUGCAUGGAUCGAAACGAAUCGAUGAAAAAGCUUUCUUUGAUUUGAAGACAGCGAAACGAACGUACAAUUUCUAUGCCAGUGAUUCGGGAAGUGCACAAGAGUGGAUCGAGAAGAUUCAAGCUUGCUUACAAUAAAUUUGAAAACACCAAAAUGAAGAAUUUAAUUUUGUUAUCCUCUGAAUUUAUCAUCAUCUUUAAUUAUUUAGAUUAGUUGAUGUUUCGUUGUUUGUUCGUACUUUUCCAACAGUUCUAUUAACUGAGUUGAGAUUUCGACCAUUUAAUUUUUGUAUCAAUCUCGUUACUAUUAUUAACUCAAUGUUGUUGACUAUUAUGCAAACGAAUUCCUGGCUAAACUUCCUUUAUAAUGAUUCCAAUAUUUAAUAUUUUUGUCGAUGGAAAUCUUUAAUUAACAGCAAAAUAAUGUUCCAGACAUUAGUGAAUUAUUAUCGCUGAAAAUAAAAACAUUUAACGACCUAAUUAUUAUUAUUUUCAUUUGAAACAUUCUUACAAACAGAAACAGCUUAAAAUUUAUUAAAUUAAC